AUGAACCACCUCGGAGUCUACCCUAGCCCGUGCGAAUCCGACGCCAUUACCGCUGCCGCAGUCAAAUCUUGCGAUGGUCUGGAUGGUGUUACAGACGGUAUCUUGAGCGCGCCUGGUCUUUGCAAUUUCCACGCCAAUUCCACAGUUGGAAGAAACGUCAGCUGCACAGAUGGAAGCACGACGAUGAUUUCCUCGGAAGCAGCUAUCGUUGCUCAAGCAGCUUGGGAGGGUCCCAGAGCCGAGGAUGGUAGUUUCCUGUGGUACGGGCUGGAUCCUUCGAGUUCUCUCAGCACCGGCACUGUCAUUACUUUUUGCGCGGACGGAAAUGCACAGGGUGUGGGUUUUCCCGCUCCAUUCGCAUCCGACUGGAUUGAUCUGUUUGUUGUGAAAAAUGCAUCGUUUGCUCUUGACAUUACCACCCAGCAAGAAUCCGCACGUCUGAUACAUUCAUCCGUCCAACAAUAUGCAUGCAUCGAUCAUCGGAAAUGCGGAUCCCGAUCUCUCGACAUUUAA